AUGCGCCAAUUGAACCCUGACGAAAUUCUCACCAACGAUGGAAGGGUAUUCUACAUGCCACAUCACCCGGUACUUGGAAAGAAACUACGAGUAGUUUUUGACGGUUCAUUCCAAGAUUCUUCUGGUCAAUCUUUAAAAAACACCCUGAACGUUGGGCCGAGCAUUCAACGAAACCUGUUCGAUGUAUGCGUACGCUUUCGCCUACAUAAAUACGUUUUUUCUGCGGACAUCAUCAAGAUGUUCAGGAAAAUUUGGAUCAACAAGCAUCACCGCAACUAUCAACGUAUCGUUUGGAGAGAACAUCCUUCAGCUCCACUUCUACAUUACCAACUCUGCACUGUAACCUAUGGCACUGCGUGUGCACCAUUUCUGGCUGUACGGGUUCUUGAGCAACUGGCCAGAGACUAUCAACAUUUGUAUCCAACUGCUGCGCGCAUUCUUCUUGAAGAUUUCUACGUUGACGACGUUUUAACAGGAGCUGACACCGAGGAAAAGCUUCUACAAUACAAACAAGAACUAAUUCAACUAAUGUCAUGUGCUCAAAUCGAGCUUGGAAAAUGGAUUUCCAACAGCAACCGCGUUGUCGACCCUGAGACAACAAUCACAAACAAUACAUCAUACAGUCCACUCGAAACUAUGAACAAGGUUUUAGGAAUUCAUUGGCAACCGCACACGGACACAUUGGCAUACAAGGCAUCUUUGCCCAGCGAGGGAAAGAUUACAAAACGGCAAGUUUUAUCAGACGUGUCUCGCAUUUUCGACCCACUUGGAUUGCUGGCUCCAGUGGUUAUUCAAUUCAAAAUCCUGUUCCAAGAACUUUGGGUUCUCAACUUAGACUGGGACAGCCCGCUACCGCUCAGCCUGGAAGAUUGGUAUCUCAAAUGCAAGAACGAUAUCAACACGCUCAAUGAACUUGAGGUUCCACGCUACAUUGGCAACUCUACUGACACAAUUGAAUUGCACGCCUUCUCGGACGCAUCUAUAAAAGCCUACGCCGCUGCCGUUUACAGUAGAGUCACUCUCCCUGAUGGUAACAUACAGGUUACUCUUAUUGCUGCAAAGACUCGUGUUGCACCGCUCAAAACACAAUCACUUCCACGCCUGGAAUUGUGCGGCGCACUGCUACUAAGUCGACUCAUCAACUCAGUCAAAGCUGCACUGAAAAACUACAACGUCAAUGUUUACGCCUGGUGCGACUCUACCAUUGUUUUGGCUUGGCUCUCGCACAUACCUGCCAAACUAAAGACUUUCGUCGCAAACCGCACUGCCGAAAUCCUCAGCAUCAUUCCACGAGAUCACUGGCAACAUGUCAAAUCAGAUGGCACUCGCAGAAAAUCCAACACCGCUACGCUGACAUUUGAGGAGAUCCAUGACGCACGGAUCCUGUACCUGCGCCAUGCCCAAGACGAAUUCCAAGCUGAGUACAAGCGACUCCUCAACCAGCAAGAUUUGGGAAACAAAUCAAAAUUGCGCACCCUCUCACCGCAAAUCGACAAACAUGGACUCCUGCGAGUGGGUGGCCGUUUAGGUAACUCCGAACUGCCAGCGGAUGUGCAGCAUCCAAUAAUUAUGCCCAAAUCUCAUCGCAUAACGAAGCUCAUUCUGGAACAUGAGCACCGGAUUCACUUACAUCCUGGAGUAUCGGCGUUAUUCGUGAUCGCACGCCAACGCUACUGGGUGUUUGGCGCACGCAACCUCAUUCGAAAGAUCACGCAUGACUGUCUAAAAUGCUUUAGACAACGGCAACACACAUCUCACCAAUUCAUGUCAGAUCUGCCGUCUGUCCGGGUUCGGCAGGCAUUUCCGUUUGCAAACACUGGCUGCGACUACGCCGGGCCAAUCACCCUCAAGGUCCACAAGGGACGAAAUCCACGCAAGGAAAAGGGUUACAUCUGCCUAUUUGUAUGCCUAGCCACUUCUGCCUUGCAUUUGGAAUUGGCUACAGAUCUUACAACCGACACAUUCUUGGCGGCACUCAGACGAUUAAUCUCUCGCCACGGGAAAUGCUCGCAAAUGUAUAGCGACAACGGGAGAAACUUCGUCGGGGCAAAAAGGGUAUUAAACGAAAUGCAAACUCUUCUGAAGUCAGACGAACACAACAACACUGUACUGAAGGCCCUGGCAGACGAAGGAAUCAACUGGAAUUUUAUUCCCCCCCAUGCACCACACUGGGGUGGCAAAUGGGAAUCAGCUGUGCGCUCUGUCAAACUGCAUCUUCAUAGAGUCAUUGGCAAGAACGUCCUCACCUUUGAGAAAAUGCACACACUUCUCGCCCAAAUAGAAGCUGUGGUCAACUCACGUCCACUAUUCUCAACUUCGGACACUGAGGUCAACUAUCUGUCGCCAGCACACAUUCUCAUUGGUCGUCCCUACACGACAGUACCAGAAGGCGAUCUAUCAAAUGUACCAAUCAACCGUUUGGAUUAUUGGCAACAGACUCAAGCUAUGCUGCAAGGCUUCUGGAAACAAUGGCACAUGGAAUAUCUUACAUCACUCCAGCAUCGGCCAAAGUGGAUGAACAAAUCGGUCAACAUGGCCAAGGAUGACAUCGUGCUCCUUAAGGAUUCUCACACCCCGCCAGCAGCAUGGCCUCUCGGAAGAGUCAUCGAAACGUAUCCAGGGAAAGAUGGAAUGGACCGCGCUGUACGACUUAGGACUCCAACUGGAGAAACCACCCGUCCAAUUGUGAAGCUCGCCCUAUUACCAAAUUCUGAAACAGUGUUUCAGGGGAGGCCGGGAUGUUGA